AUGGGGCGGCUGGAUGGGAAGAUCAUCCUGUUGUCUGCAGCAGCACAGGGCAUUGGCCGAGCAGCUGCUCUUGCUUUUGCUAAAGAAGGAGCCAAAGUCAUUGCUACAGACAUCAAUGAGUCUAAAUUGCAAGAACUGGGGAAAUAUCCAGGCAUUGAAAUACGAGUUCUGGAUGUCACGAAAAAGGAGCAGAUAGAAAAUCUGGCCAAGGAGAUUGAAAAGAUUGAUGUCCUCUGUAACAUUGCAGGGUUUGUUCAUCAUGGAACCAUUCUGGAGUGUGAGGAGCAAGACUGGGACUUCACAAUGAACCUCAAUGUUCGCAGCAUGUAUCUAAUGAUCAAGAUGUUCCUUCCAAAGAUGCUUAAACAGAAAUCUGGAAAUAUUAUAAAUAUGUCUUCUGUGGCAUCCAGCAUCAAAGGAGUUGUGAACAGGUGUGUCUACAGUACUUCAAAGGCAGCAGUUAUUGGGCUAACAAAGGCUGUGGCUGCUGAUUUCAUUGAACAAGGCAUCAGAUGCAACUGCAUAUGUCCUGGAACUGUUGACACACCAUCUUUACAGGAGAGAAUCCAAGCCCGACCAAACCCAGAACAGGCAUUGAAAGACUUUCUAGCCAGACAGAAGACUGGCAGGAUGGCUACUGCUGAAGAAGUGGCCCAUCUCUUUGUGUACUUGGCCUCUGAUGAAUCUGCCUAUGUGACUGGUAAUGAACUAAUCAUCGAUGGAGGAUGGAGCUUGUGA